AUGGAAAACAACAGUAUCAUCUCCGGCGACAAGCCCACAGUGAUGGUGACGAACGACGACGGAAUCGAAGGUCCUGGACUUCUGGCUCUGGUUCAAGUCCUCGUCUCCACCCGUCGCUACAAUGUUCUUGUCUGCGCCCCUGAUACGGAACAGUCAGCUGUGAGUCACUGCAUCACAUGGCGUCAUCCAAUUGCUGCCAAGCAAGUGCAUAUUGAUGGAGCAACAGCCUAUGCUGUUUCUGGAAGUCCGGCUGAUUGUGCUUCUCUGGGUAUCUCCAAAACGCUUUUUCCUUCAGUUCCUGACCUGGUAAUCAGUGGCAUAAACAUGGGCAGCAACUGUGGUUAUCACGUCGUUUACUCUGGAACAGUGGCUGGUGCUCGUGAGGCCUUUCUUAAUGGUGUACCUGCAAUCUCUGUAUCCUAUGAUUGGGUUGGAGCUAAGAGCAGUAUUAAUGACUUCACACUUUCUGCCGAGGCUUGCUUACCUAUCAUAAACAGAGUACUAGCGGAAUUAAGAAACAAAACUUAUCCCCAAAACUGUUUCUUGAAUAUAGAUCUGCCAGCAAAUAUUGCUAAUCAUAAGGGGUAUAAGCUCACUAAGCAAGGUAAAAGUUUAAUCAAAAUGGGGUGGAGGGAAGUUACUUCUGACAAGGCGGGAGGAAAAAUGUUGUCAACAAUGGUAAUGGAGACAGAAUCAACAGCAUCUACAGAAAUUAAUACAUCAGCUACAUCAGCAGAACAUCUUUUGUUCACGAGAGAAAUAAGGAGUGGCCAAGUUGAUGAGGAUGAUAGUGACCACCGAUCUCUUCAAGAAGGAUAUAUUACUGUCACUCCUCUUGGUGCCUUGUCUAAUGUUGAGAUAGAUUGCCAUGCCUACUUAAAAGAGUGGCUGCCAAAUGUAGCUGAACGCUUGUCUGCAUCGGCAUUAUAA